AUACGCCUCUCCUUGCGUGUAGUUUCCCUGUAUUCUUCCUGUUUUAAAUCAGUAGUAGUUGUCUUCAGGACUUUGUAGAUUAGUUUGCUUCGCAGUAUAAAUCGACGAAAUGAUGAAGCGCUUUGUUAUUACUGUACCAAUUCCUCAACAUUAUGGAUUUGAAACAUAUAUUGACGUGGAAGAUUUAAGACCUUAUGCAGCCAAAUAUUGGCAUUAUUCUGUCUACCUUUCUAUUAUAUACGUAGCUGUCAUUCAUUAUCUCCAGCAUUAUAUGAAGUAUCGACCGGCAUUCGAUCUCAGAAGAGCUACAGUCUACUGGAAUUGCGCUUUGGCACUCUUCAGUAUUUGCUGCACGGUAAGAGGAAUCACGGCACUAAUAUAUGGCAUAAAAUACGUCCCUUUCUACUACAUGAUCUGUGAUAACACAAUUUAUACUAGACACAAAGGAUUUAUGUUUUGGACUGCUUUAUAUCUCUUAUCGAAGGUCGUGGAAUUUGGAGAUACUGUACUCAUUGUUUUGCGCAAACGGAACUUGUUGUUUCUUCAUUGGUACCAUCAUAUGGCUACUCUGAUUAUAAUUUGGUACGGGGCUUAUAGAGAAAUUACUUUUGGAUAUUUAAUUUGUUACUUCAACGUUUUUGUUCAUUCUUUUAUGUAUAGCUAUUUCGCUUUGAAAGCGAUGAAUAUAAAAAUGCCUAAAAAGUUCGCCAUGUUUAUAACAACAAUUCAAAUAUUGCAAAUGGCUUGGGCAGUUUUAACAUCUUGUUGGGUGUAUUGGCUAAUAAUUAAUAAUUACGAAUGUGAUGUAUCGAAAGAAGCAUUGGAUAAUGUUUUUUUACUUGUUUCGUCAUAUUUGAUUUUGUUCUGUAAAUUGUUCUAUGAGUCAUAUAUAAAACGUUGUUCGCGAAAGAAAAUCAAUUAAGAUCGUUUUAUUUAUAAAUGUACAAUUCUUGUAAUAAGCACGGUGUUUGGAAAA